AUGUCAACCACAAAUGAGGAAACACAGGCGAAUGCGUCUAAAGAUUAUUCAGAGGAUGCCCUGAAAAUGAGUUAUGCUGCCCAACCCUUGGAUAUUAUGAGAGCACUAAAAUUGAUAGAAUAUUAUGAGUCUAAAGACGACUAUGACAAUUCAAGGAAAUUAUACGCGGAAUUGCACGAACGAUUCCCUCUCUAUUCACCAUUAUGGACAAUGCAUUUGCAAAGUGAAUUACAAAGAAAUGAAUUUGAUACAGUCGAGAAGCUGCUUGCUCAAUGCUUAGCGGGAGAUUUAGAAAAUAACGAUUUAUCUCUUUGGAGUACUUAUUUGGACUAUGUGCGCAGGAAAAAUAACCUAAUCACUGGUGGCCAAGAGGCGCGUGCGGUAGUCAUCAAAGCUUUUAAACUUGUGAUGGAUAAAUGCGCUACUUUUGAACCCAAGGCAUCAAGCUUUUGGAAUGACUAUUUGGGAUUUUUACACCAAUGGAAACCAAUGAAUAAGUGGGAAGAGCAGCAAAGAUUAGAUAUGAUCAGAGAGGUGUAUAAGAAGAUGUUAUGCGUACCGUUCGAUAAGUUGGAAAAAAUGUGGAACCAAUACACUCUUUGGGAACAAGAAACCAACACUUUAACAGCAAGGAAAUUUAUUGGUGAAUUGUCUGCCGAUUAUAUGAAAGCUCGUUCUAUAUAUCAAGAACUUCUAAACGUCACUGCGAAUAUAAGAAGAACGAGUCCGCUAAACUUAAGAACAGCCAACAAAAAUAACAUCCCCCAGUAUGUACUACCUUGUAAGAAAAACGACCACACUCAACUGGAGGCAUGGCUCAAAUGGAUUGCUUGGGAGAAAGAAAACAAGUUAGAAUUAACUGAAGAUGCCCUAAAGGACAGGGUUACAUAUGUAUACAAACAGGCCAUUCAACAACUAUUAUUUGAACCCGAAAUAUGGUAUGAUUAUGUUAUGUAUGAGUUUGAUAAUGAUGCUGCAAGAAAGAAUAUCUUGAAAGUUGCAUUGCAAGCUAACCCUACUUCCCCAACUUUAACCUUCAAAUUGGCCGAGUGCUAUGAAGUUGAAAAUAAAUCAGAAGAGGUCCAAAAUUGUUUCGAAAAAACGAUCGAUGAAUUGUUGAGGCAAUACAAAAAUGACAAUGGCAAUGAUGAAUUAAGCAGCGAUAUAAUAUGGGAAAGAAAAACAUUAACUUAUAUUUAUUGUAUCUAUAUGAAUACUAUGAAAAGAUUAUCUGGUUUAUCAGCCGCUAGAGCUGUUUUUGGAAAAUGCAGAAAGUUGAAAAAGGCUAUGACACAUGAUAUAUAUGUUGAAAAUGCUUACUUGGAGUUUCAAAAUCAAAAUGACCACAAAACAGCUUCCAAAGUCUUAGAAUUAGGUUUGAAGUACUUUGGCGAUGAUGGUGAGUACAUUAAUAAAUACAUGGACUUUUUGUCUCUUUUAAACAGAGGAUCCCAAAUGAAAACCCUGUUCGAAACAUCAAUUGAAAAAGUAGAGGACUUGAGACAGUUAAAGAAAAUAUACGUAAAAAUGAUUGGCUAUGAAUCCAAAUAUGGGAAUCUAAAUAAUGUUUAUCAACUGGAAAAAAGAUUUUUUGAGAAGUUUCCUGAUACCGACUUAAUCCAAUUAUUUUCAACCCGGUAUAAGAUCCAAGAUGACAACAAAAUCAAAAAUCUAGAAUUAACAUACAAAUUACCAGACAUAAUUUCAUCUGAUGGUGACCCUUCCGGAGUAGACAAAUCAUUCAAGAAGAGACAAAUUGAGAAUGAUGAAAAUUUACCUGACUCUAAAAGGCAAAAAUCUCAACCCCUCCUACCUAAGGAAAUCCUCGACAUAUUGGCGGUACUUCCGAAAAAGCAAUAUUUCAAAAAUGCUUUUCUCGACCCAAGCAAUCUUGUUAAUUACUUGAAUGAACAGGUAAAGCUAGCCGAUGAGGAAAAUUGA